UUGUGUUGUGUUGUGUUGUAGGGCGCACAACCAACCCAUGCUGGGCAAGCCACCUUCCUUCACUAAUCGGAAACCUUUUGACUUUUUGCUAAGACCCAGCCCCCUGCAAUGAUUGAUCUGGGUGUCAUCCUUUUCCUGCUCACAUGGAUCUCCGCCCCUGUCCUCGUCCUCGGCCAGGAUGAGUGCGAUGACAACUCCUGCCACCCCCAGCUGGGUGACCUGAUGGUGGGACGCUCGGCCCAGCUCUCAGCCACAUCCACCUGUGGACUCCAUGGAGCACAGAACUACUGCAUCCUGGGAUACCUGGAGGAUGAGCAGAAAUGCUUCAACUGUGAUUCCACAAGCCCUUACAAUCGCUACAACAACCCCACCAGCCAUCGCAUCGAAAAUGUCAUCACGGCCUUCGAGGGUUCGGAGCGCAAGAUGAAGUGGUGGCAGUCGGAAAACGGUGUUCAUAGAGUCAGCAUACAACUGGACCUUGAAACAGUGUUCCAGUUUAGCCACCUUGUGCUGACUUUCAAGAGCUUCCGCCCAGCUGCCAUGCUGGUGGAGCGCUCCAAGGAUUUCGGGCAGACGUGGAAGGUGUUCCGCUACUUUGCGGAGGACUGUGCAUCCUCCUUCCCCGGCGUCAUUGAGGAGGAUGCGGAGAGCCUGAGCGAUGUCAUCUGUGAAAGCCGCUACUCCGGGCCAGAGCCCUCCACAGACGGAGAGGUUGUGCUGAAAGCAUUGGAUCCCAGAUUUGAUAUAGAUGACCCGUACGAUCCUGCCAUUCAAGAGCUCAUCACUAUGACCAACCUGCGGGUGAACUUCACGCGGCUGCUGACGCUGGGGGACACGCUGCUGGCGCGGCGGCGCAGGAACCCCCAGGACAAGUACUACUACGCCCUGUACGAGAUGGUGGUCAGGGGAAGCUGCUUCUGCAAUGGCCACGCCAGCCAGUGCAUGCCCGUGGACAACGCCCGCGGAGACGUAUUGCCUGCGGAGCCGGGCAUGGUCCAUGGCCGGUGUGUGUGUCAGCACCACACAGUGGGCCAUAACUGUGAGCGUUGUGAAGACUUCCACCACGACGCCCCCUGGAGGCCUGCAGGAGCUAAUGCGCCCCACGUCUGCAGACGAUGCAAUUGCCAUGGCCACUCCGAGAGGUGUCACUUCGACAUGGAUCGCUUCCUGGCCAGUGGGGAGGUGAGCGGGGGCGUGUGUGAAGAUUGCAGAAACAACCGCGUGGGGGCGCAGUGCGAGCAGUGUCAGCCGUACUUCUACCUGGACCCCAGCAAGAGCAAGGAGGACCCGGACGCAUGCAUACCAUGUAAUUGUGACCCUGCCGGCUCUCUGAAUGGUGGCCUGUGUGACGGUGCGACGGGCCAGUGUGUGUGCAAGGAGAACGUGGAGGGGGAGAGGUGCGACCGCUGCAAACACGCCUUCUUUGGCCUCCGCCAGGAAGACCCCAGUGGAUGCCAGUAUUGUCCAUGUAACUUGCUGGGCAGUAUAUCCACCCCUCACGCAUGUGACCAGAACACAGGAGAGUGCCGCUGCCAGAGCUUUGCUACAGGACCUUACUGUGACCAGUGCAAGACGGGCUAUUGGGGUCUGGGAAACACUGUCUACAGCUGCCUGCCCUGUGACUGUGACAUUGGAGGCUCCACUGGUAAUGUGUGCAACAGUGACGACGGGCAGUGUCCGUGUCGUCCUGGCAUGGCGGGCCUGCGCUGCAACGACCCCGCUCCCGGUCACUUCCUGGCCCCUCUGGACUACUACAUCUACGAGGCGGAGGACGCAGACCUACUUCUCAGCAGCGCCUCCCCACUGGUGAAUCCCCCCACUGCUCCUCCCAUUGUGCCUCCCACCACCACCGAGCCUCCCGAAUACACCCCUGACCCCGAGAUUCCCGAAUACACCCCUUACCCCAAGCCUCCAGAAUACACCCCUUACCCCAAGCCUCCAGAAUACACCCCUUACCCCGAGCCUCCAGAAUACACCCCUGACCCCGAGCUCCCCAGACCCACACCAGAGCUCCCCAAGUGUGAACAGUACUACCGGGAACAAGGAUACGACUUCAAACUGGUCAACGGAGAGUACGUGGUGACCAAGAGGGAGAAGCGGGACGCUCGUCAAAGACGACAGGACCAGGCCCCUCCAGCCGAGGUGGUCCAGAGAGAGCGGCACCCGGACCGCCCCGUCACCUGGACCGGGCCGGGCUUCAUGAGGGCCCAGCAGGGGGCCAUCCUCCGCUUCAACGUCAACAACGUCCCCGCCUCCCUCCUGUACAAGCUCGUCAUCCACUACGAGCCAGAGUCCCCAGAUGACUGGAUUGCCACUGUGCGGGUGGUGCCUUCAGCUCCCCUGGACUUUGGCAGGUGUCAAAACGAUCCGUCAACUGAGUAUGAUGUCCCUCUCCCAGGCUCCAAAAGGGUGGCCCUGUUGGACUCCACUGUGUGUUUGGAAGCUGGCGUGCCAUACUCUGUGGAUGUCACUCUUCGGAAGACCUCCAACCCACAGUCACCAUCUGACAUAUACAUCCUUAUUGACUCUCUGGGGCUGAUUCCUCAGGCUGAUGCUCCCGUGGCCCCCGAGGGGGGCGAUGAGGGGGGCCCCUCCGGUCCCUCUAGCUCGGGCCCUAGCUGUGCGGCGGCCCCUGAGGACCAGCCUCAGUACCGCUGUGUGGAGCUGAGGGCCAGCGUCUCUCGAGAGCAGUGCCAGGGACUCCUCACCAGCAUCUCAGCCCUCGCCAACAACGGAGCUGUCCCCUGCAAUUGUCAUGCCGAUGGCGCGUACAGAGAGACCUGUGCCAAGUUUGGGGGUCAGUGUGAAUGUAAACCCAACGUGAUUGGACGAUGCUGUGACUCCUGUGCUCCACUGUCCUAUGACCUUAGACCAAAUGGAUGCAGACCCUGUGACUGUGAGUCUCACGGCUCCACGGCGGAGGCCUGCGAUGUGACGUCUGGCCAGUGUCCGUGUCGUCCUGAGGUGACAGGCCAGCACUGUGACAAGUGUGCACCGGGCCACUUCGACUUCCCCCAGUGCGCCCCCUGCCAGUGCAACGGCCUGGCCGACCUCUGUGACCCCGUCACCGGAGCCUGCCAGGACUGCCGAGACUUCUCCACCGGACACAACUGUGAUAGGUGCCUGCCUGGUUACUAUGGCGACCCAGUGUUCCGUGAGCCUUGUGAGCCGUGCACGUGCCCAGAUGUGGUGGAGAGUGGCCGCAACUUUGCUCACUCCUGCCACAAGGACGACGACACUGACAUCCUCGUCUGUGACUGCCUCAGCGGACACGAAGGGGCCCGCUGUGACAGCUGCUCGCCAGGCUUCUACGGAGACCUGUUGGAGCCCGGUGCCCAGUGCCAGGCGUGCCAGUGCAACAACAACACGGACCCGCUGGACAUCCACGCCUGCGACAAGCUGACGGGCACCUGCCUGCGCUGCCUGCACAACACCCGGGGGCCCUCCUGCGAGAGCUGCAAGCCCGGCUACUAUGGCGACGCUCUGGAACAAGACUGUAAAGAGUGCUCCUGUGAUCGUCGCGGUACAGAGGUGACACUGUGCCCGCUGGACAGCCCGUGCCACUGUGACCAGGAGACGGGCCAGUGCCCCUGCCGCACGGGCGUGACGGGACCGCUCUGCAACGAGUGUGAGGACGGCUACUGGAACCUGGACGGGGACUCUGGAUGCCAGCCGUGCCACUGUGAGCCCGACCACUCGCUCAGCAACACCUGUGACAAGGUCACAGGCCAGUGCCCCUGUCUGCCUGAGUACGGCGGCCAGCAGUGUUUCGAGUGUGGAGAGAAUUACUUUGGAAACCCAGAUGUGCAGUGCCUUUAUUGCGACUGCAACAUGGAGGGCACCCUGCGGCCGGCGUGUGACGUGGACACGGGCGAGUGCCGCUGCCGCCCCGGCGUGAUGGGCAUCCUGUGCGACGAGUGCGCCCCGGGCCACGAGGCCAUCUUCCCCGAGUGCCCCGAGUGCCACCCCUGCUCCCAGCUCUGGGCCGCCAACGUCACCGACGUCAAGAGGGCGGCCGAGAAGAUGCAAGGCCUGGUACCCAAGCCGGGCGAUACCAUCAAGCCCACCAACAAGCAGCGCUGGCAGCGGCUGCUGGACAUGCAGUCGCGCCUGGACGCGGCCCUCAACAUGACGGGCAACCAAACCGACCUGGAUGACUUGGAGGACCUCCUCUCGCGCGUCCUGAAGCUGAAAGACAGCAUUGACCCCACCACCAUCAUCGUGGACCCCACCAGGCUAAUAAACACUGAGAUAGAUAACAUCAAGCUUGACUUCCAGAAGCUCAUCAACAAGCUAAUCGACAAGACGAAAGAAGUCCCCAUAACCGAUCCCAAAGCCCUGAAUGACACGCUGGAAGAGAUCAAGAAGCGUUACAAGAGCGUCCUGGAUGACGAGGAGCGGCUGAAGGAUGCUCAGGACAAGCAGGACGACUCGCGGGACACCAGACAGAAGGUCAAACUGGAGCUGUCCAAGUGCAAAGGCGGAGACUGGGACGCCAUGGAGAAGAAAGUCAAAGCCUUAAGCAUCGUGCCCCUCAAUGAAUAUAUAUGUGGGGCCCCAGGUGAUGCGAACUGCACUGAUGCCAAGUGCGGCGGUGCACUGUGCAAGACGGACGCUGGGGAGCGUAAGUGCGGCGGGCCCGGAUGCAAAGGCAGCCUCCCGCUGGGCAUUAACACCACCGACCUCGCCGAGAAGACCGAGAGUGACCUCAUCGACAUGCUGCACAAGCUCAGAGACUCUGCCAUCAAGAUUAAUGAGGCCAGAGACAUGAACGAAGGCAUCAAAGACGAGGCAGAGAAGAUGAAACAGAAGAUCAACGACAGCAAGAGCAAAUUUGAGAAAGAGAAAAACGAGACCAAGGACCUCAUCAAGAAAGUCAAGGAUUACCUGACUGAUGAAAUGGCGGAGCCAGAUGAUAUCGAGCAACUUGCCAGGGCGGUCUUGGCCAUCCAGUUGCCCAAGUCUCCAGACGAGAUCCAGGAGAUGAUCAAAAACAUCCGGGACGUGCUGUCCAACUUCUCCAACUUUCAGGAAGACCUUGAUGAGCUGAAGGAGAAAGCCAAAGCAGCUGAGGAUUUGCUGCAGCAAGCCAAGGACAUCAAAAAUAGGACAAAAAACAUUGAUGUGAGCGACAUCCGUAAAACCCUGUCGGAGGCUGAGAAGGUCCAAGAUAAGGUGACAGAGGACCUGGAGGCUGCCAAGACCAACACAGACGACGCGGCGGACAAGAUUAAGGAGACUGAAAAAAAGCUGGACAACAUGGAGCCUUCGUUAAAUCCUAACCUGAAAGACAUGCUGGAUGAGAUUGAAGCAUUGAAGAACAAAACUGAGAUGAACCGGGCGCAGGCAGAGGAGGCGAAAGCAGCAGCUGACGCAGUGCUACAGAACACCACCGGUCUCGACGAGGAUCUUAAAAACAUUACAGACCUGUUUGAGACACUAAAGGAUAAAAAAGACAACCACACCGCCAAUGCUGAGGUGGAUGACCGCCUGAAAAACAUCACAGCUGAAGUGGAAAAAAUGGCCAAGGACGUUGAAGACAAGAUGAAGAAAAUUGAAGAUCUGGAAAAUCGAAUUCAAGGCGUCAUCAAAAAUAAGGAGGACAAAGAGAAGCUUAUCGCUGAGCUGUUGGAAGAGGUCACAAAACUUAAAGAUCACAUUUCAGAACGGGCCGAGAACUAUUCGAAAUGCAGCUAAACAACGCCACAUCCCACGGACUUAAUUGUGUCAACCUUGUGGAGAAAUUUGUUGACUGACAGAAACACUGUACUGUAAGAUCAGAUGUCAUUACGACAUUUCGUCUCUUUUAUCCUAAGAAGAUAAAUACAGUGAAGCUUCAUAUAAAUCAGAUCUAAGUUCAACUUAGCAUCUUAUUCUUGCGCUUUCCUGAAUCUUUUUAUAUGGUGUUUUAAGAGAAAAUGAUCUGAAGUCAGUAAGAUCGUAAACUAUUCGAAAAGACACAAGACUGAAUAAGGCUGCUGUUGAAAGCACUGUUCAUUGUUGGUCUGUGCAUUAGACAGAUCUAGAGCAUAACUUGGAAAUUGCUUGCUAUAGUCAGUUGAAAGCCAAUAUCAGUGUAAGCUAUUGUAUGUAUUGCCAAAGGCAGCAUAUCAAAUCAUUACAGACUGUUACUGUUUUGAUAUGUUUAUCCAUAAAAUGAGAAGUCUUUGCGAUUUGUUUUGGAUUCUCAUAGAUGCAAGAAAUGACACCUGUUACUUUUUGUCUUCUCUGUUCAUUAAUUGUUUUAAUUAAAUGGUUUGACUGAU